AUGGAUCCUAUGUUUCGUCAAAGAAGACCUUCUGCACAAGGCGACCCGGAUUGGGGUAGGCCGACUGCGGAUCAAGAAUACGAGGCAGCCUUGAGUCAAGGGAACGCUGGCGGCAGUGGGUCGUCUGGAAUCAUCGCGGCAGGCGAAUCCUCGCCUGGCACUUUAGAACAGGGCACAGCAGCUGUGGCGCCUACUGCAGGGGCGACGCAGCCAAUGCCCACGGCACAUCCUUUUCAUUCGGAUCGCGUUCAAGCCGAAGUGGCGCUGGCUAGAAGCAGGCCACAUACUUUGGAUGAUGAUGCAAGGCGGAUGUUGGAUGUGAGCGAAUCCGCUCUAGGGGAUCGAAAUUUAUCUGGACGGAAGGAUGAACCUGAUUAUGGAUGGGAAGCUCAGCCGGGACUUCCUAGAGUUGCGAGAUUAGAGUACACGGAAGGACCUGUGACUGGUCAAAAGGACACUGGAUCAGUGACUGCGGGAGAAGGUGGUACCUCCAGGGGUUCUCCAGAGCCUCAGUCUAAUCCGGAAGACUUUGGCUCAAUGAGGGGCCGCGCUCGGGAAAUGGCAUCUACUUCUGCAGAUGAUGGUGAUCGAGGUGUUCUGAGCUCUUCAGAGCGGCCAACUCCUGAUGAUCAACGAGAGCUUGAUGGCCUAGGGUUUGAUCCGGUUGCUAGUGGCAGGGACAAGGGUAAGGGCUAUCGGUACUUCUUGGCGGCGGCUUAUUCGGUCAGAGCUGAGUUGUCUGUUCCGGAUUUAAAGGAAAAUCCAGAAGGGAUCGAGGUAGCGCUGGAUGGGCUCGGUCAACAGGACUCCGAUGGCCUGGGUGAGAAGGUCAAGACUAGGACGCUUUUUCUGGGUGUACCAUUGCGGUCCAAGCGAGGCGCUGAGGUUAUGGCUCAGGUUCAGGCUUUGGUUAACCGUCUAGAGACGGCGGGAUUUCCGAUCCACAAGUACUUCUCAGACAGAGCCAAGGAGCUUCGGAGCCAUGCACUUAUCGGCUGGCUUCGACAUCGAGGGAUCCACCCAGAGUCAACUUCUGGGGAAGAUCCAGCGGGUAAUAAGGCCGAGGUAGCUGUUCAGCAUUUGAAGCAAGAUGCUCGCAAACUUUUGAGGGCCGCGGAUCUUCCUGCAGGGUGUUGGCCACUGGCUGUCAUGCAUGUACUUGGUGAGAAUUGGCUUGAUAAUGCGGUGUCUCUUCAUGAGUCUUCGGCGCGGCUGUGUCGUGCUCUAGCGCAGGAGCUCAGUACUGCACAUGGGGUCUGUACCGAUGUAGGGGUGCUGGUAGGACAGCUAGCUAUUGCCGAGAAUGAGAGGGAUUGGUAUGAGGGUCUUCUCUGGGAGGAAUAUCUAGUUGGUGGUUCCAGCAUUGUGAAGUCUCUUUGCAGGGAUGUUCCAUUAGGCUCGGACGAGCCGGCUUGCGCCGCGGAGGUCUUUUUACAGACGCGUACCGUUAGCAUUGCCGAGGCGAGGAAAGAGCUGGCCUUGUGGAUUCCUUCAGCCCUUGAGGAAGUUACUUCAUUGGAGCAGACGAACCAAGCAGUCCUUCGCAUUGUUAUUGCAGACAUUGAGGAGUUGAUAAAGGAAGGAAAACGAGUGGUGCAAGUUCCUGGGAAGGCUGUCCUGACAAGGAAGGCUGGAAUUGGGAAACGUCGAUUCAGGGAUAAGUCUUUGCGAGCGUUGACCUUUCAGUGUGAUGGUACGUGGUACGCAUUGCAGCAGGGGGUAAGUGAUGAUUCGCUUUGGUUUAUCGUCAAGUGCGAGACCGACAAGGAAGAUACCGAGAGAUGGCAUGGAAUCUUGAUAAUUUACGUCGAUGAUCUCCUGGGUUUUGCUUUGUCGCCGAUCCUCAGCGCCCUAUUUGAUGAGAUACAGAAGAUGUGGAAGUUGUCUGAUCCCGAGUGGAUUGGUGAGGCAUCUUCGACAACCUUUUGUGGUCUGGAAAUUCAAGCUUUGAGUGGCGGUGGUUACCGCAUCUCGCAGUAUAAGUACUUGAACGAGCUGUUUGCGAGGUACAAUAUCCACAGUUCCGUAUCGUCGCCUUUGAAUGCUUGGAGUGAACCUGAAAUUGAACAUGAUGCGAAGCUUGAAACCAUCAGGGAAGCGCAGGCACUGACUGGUGCGCUAUUGUGGGCGUCUUCGAAAACUCGACCCGAUAUAGCUUUUGUUGUCAGUAAGCUUGGCCAGUACGCGGUGAAAUCGCCAAGCGUCGUGAUCAAGACAGGUGGACGAUCCUGUCAAGCGAUCUUUAUCCUUUGGUGUGGCACGCUGCUGUGUUGGGAGUCCAGCAAGCAACCCUUCAUAACAUUGUCGUCCGCGGAGUGCGAGCUGGUUGCGGUUACCAGUGGCAUUGUUGCUGCCGAGUCCGUUGGCGCUAUCAUAGAGGAGUUAAUCUCCAGCGACGUGGUAAUCUCAACUUUAUGCGACAACCAAGCGACCGUCCGGUCCUUUGCUGUUGGAAGCCUCGGCUGGAGAAACCGCCACCUGAGGAUGCGCGCCGCCUCGGGGCGCGAAAAAAUCGACGAGGAGGAAUCUGAGGAUGAGGAGCGGGUCCGUAGAGCUGAAGAGGAGAUGAGGGCUAAGGAAAGGUAUACUGGUUUAACUUUCAUUCAGCGGGUUCGGUUAAGGAAGCAAUUGAUGCAAGGUGAUGUUAUUGAUGUCCCUAGCAUGCAGCAACGGUAUGGCCCUCUCCCACCGUGGUUUUCUGGAAUUGAGGAUGAUGAAUCGGGUGAUGUUCCUUCCGGGUCGAACUUUCAGGAGUUCCAGGUGUUGGGAUUGAGAAUCCUCCGCAAAAUCCGAUCGAAAUUGGAGAUGCUGAAUUUGGACUCAGUCAAGGACUUGGUUUUCCUUAUGUUGGGACCGAGCCAGGCAUAA